AUGGAACUGAAGAAAUCUAUUUCGGACACCGAGCGCGCGCUCAGGAGCUACGGCGCCGUGUCGGAAACGGCGUGGACGACGGACAAAGCGGGCAGGCGUCGAAAGGAUGUGUCCAUGGCAGAGAGCACCAUGUCUCCAGAGGAGAUCGAGGUGGAGAUGGCUCGUAUCCAGCGCCUGCGAGAGGUCCUGGUGCGCCGGGAGUCCGAGCUGCGCUUCAUGAUGGAUGACAUUCAGCUCUGCAAAGACAUCAUGAGUUUAAAGCAAGAGCUGAGGCAGAUUGUCGCAGUCCCAGAGAAAGAGAAAACCAAGAAGCACAGGCAGCGGGAAGAGGAGCUGAUCCUGAAGAUCCAUAAACUGGUGCAGAAGAGGGAUUUCCUGGUGGACGAUGCCGAGGUGGAAAGAUUAAGGGAGCGAGAGGAGGACAAGGAGAUGGCCGAGUUCCUCAGACUGAAGCUCAUGCCUCUGGAGAAGAAGCUCAAAGCCGCGCAAAGUGAGUGA